CUUUUCACACCAUACGGAUGGUCGGAGAAAAAGGGCUUUAUCGGGAGUGUCAGUCCGUUGACGUUCAGGAAGAAAGAAAGCAAGUGAGCAAACCACAGAAACUAAAGUGUCAAACCCCGACUUGGAAGCCCAACAUCGCUGCUCAAGGGCGUGUGAGGUAAAAACCAUUAGUGAGGAGAAAAACGAACCGGAGCAGAGAAAAGAUUCUGUGCGUUGCCAGUGCGUACUGCACACCGCCGCGUGUGAGCGAUAGUGUUGUUGUUUUUUGCUGUUGAGUGUGCGUGUGCGUGAGUGAGUGAACAAGAAGCUAUACGAUCGCGCUGAAUCGAAGUGAAACAGGCGUAAAAAAGCAGUGGAAGUGCAUGCACAAACUCUCACCAUUCCUUCCGGUGCGGAAUAAUAGAUGGAGAAACAUUGAUAAUUGCUGUAAUUUAUUGCUGUUCAAACAUUGACCGUACACACACCGUAACUCCCAAACACCCGUCCCCGGAGGUGCUUCUGGUCCUGCUGGACCCAUUGAUUGUGGAGUAAACAGCGAGUACCUAACAAAACAGCACAAUUGGAAGGUUUUGUUUUGUACAAAGGAAGCAGUUUAUCCAUUGUAGGCUUACUUGAGGCAUAAGGUUAUCAAACCCUCGAAUGAUUCAGUGCAUCUUGAACCAGUCCGUUGAAGUGUCACCUGAAGGGUAAAAAUCAACCUCAACAAACAUCACCUGGUCGGAGCAUCAAACACCGAUCGGCAGCGUAGAACUUUCAAAGUCACACCGGAUCUGGAGCCCUGCAAGAUGAACCGGCGUGCAAUUGCCCUGUGCCUGACACUCCUGGCACUCGGUGUCACAGCAGGUCCAACCCCUGACCAACCUGCGACCGGGAAGGAUGUUGAAGUAUUGUUGACUACCGCUUCUUCCGGCCUCUCUUCCGAAGAGCCGACAGACCUGUCGCUAGUGGAAACCGUGUCUUCGUUUACGCAGCCUUCUGUCGAAGACAGUCAAACGGAAGUGUCAUCAUCAUCUUCAUCAUCGUCAGCGCCGCUGUUAUCGUCACCGGCAUCGUCAGUAGACGUGCCUGUGGACGACCCGUCGCAAUCUAUGGCAUCGUCUUCGACGCCCUCGAAGGUGGCGUCAGCAUCAUUUCCGUCACCAACACCAUCGGAAGCGCCACUAAUGGCGUCGAGCACAAUUGUCUCUAGUGGUCAAACACCCACAGGCGAGGGUUCGCUUUCGGUUAACACCGCAGGCACCCUGUCGCCGGAAACAAUAGCAACAGCAGAAGUUCUCACGGAUGCACCAAAGCCGCUGGAGAGUAUCACAAGUACGGCUGCUGCUGAUAGCACUCCGGAGAGCGAUGGCAACGAUAAGAAAGCGUCCGACCUGGAGCCGGAGAGCGAGACGCCGGUGAUUAGCUUCGGCAUUCGGUUGUUUACGGUAGAGGUGGGUACCGGUACGGAGCGUGCUAGCGAAGAUCAAAUUGACCUGUCCAAUGCAACACAGGCUCAGGAAAAUGUUACCAGCAAAACCGUUGCAUCAAAUCAGGAUGGAACCGAUCUGGUAGACACUACCCAAUCGUCGGCCUCCUUGUCUGCUAGUGCUAUUUCUUCCGAAAGCUCGCCGAAAGUAAAUGUUCCGGAAAGUGGGGAAGGCAGUGCCACAUCAACUACAGCAAACGGUCAAUCAACCGUUACGAUUAAUACUCAGAUAUUGAACAGUGGAGCUGCCGGCGCUACAUUCGAGUUCCCGGAGGACGCUCAAGAAGAUGCAUUUUCCAACGAAAUACAUGUCGAACGGAACUUGAAAAACGGGCUGUACCGUAUUAAAAUAGCCGAAAUAACGACGGACGAGUUCGAUAACGGGUUGCGCGAAAACGAUAACGAAAAUAUGCUAAUGACGGACACGAUGGGUUCGCAAGGGACACGCCAUCUACCGUUACACAAAUCGGUCUACCCAAGUAAGAUCAACAUUGACGAUUUUUACCCUUCGAAGCUGGAGGACUUUAAGCCGGAGCAGGCGCAACAGCAGUCCGGCGCCGACGAGGAAAAACGCUUGCGGGAGAAAUCUAUUCUGCGAAACGAAGAUGGCGAGAGGUUGUUCGAGUCUACCAUCAUGAAGCCGUCGGACGUGUUGCCCGUACUGACGACGACCGAGGUGGACGAGAAGGCUCAACAGUACCAGGAGCAACUUUUGGGUGAUGUAAUGGAACGGCCUUCCAAUGUUGGCACCGUGACAAGCGCCAGCAGCAGUAGUAGCAGCAGCAGCAGCAUCGGUCCAGUGAACAAUGCGACCGGCCAGGAUGGCGGAGACAUUUCUACCACGAAGAUAGAGAUCGAACUAAUCGAUGACACGUCGGAAACAUCGGCUAGCGAUGAGCGUAGCAGCAAGCCAACCAUAGACAACAUCACGGAAAAGCUGGAGGAGAAUGACGAAGUGAUUAGUCGUAUCGAGGAAAACUUCAAGGGCUUCCGAGCGUUCGAAGGGACCGCCGGUGGGGAUGACGAGGAAGAGUAUCGCGAUGCGGUGGACGGUCGGAAGGACGACGAAGUAAUCACGAUUGCCAUAUCAUCGGUAACGUUUUCGUCCUCACAGCAAGAUUCCGUCCAAACGUCACCUCCUCCGCCAGCAUCCGCGCCAUCAGCGACUGUGGCCGGCACCGAACAGCAGCCAUCCGACGACGAGCUCGGUGUUCCUGUCAGUGGCAGUGAUAUUGUCAAAAAUGGCUACGGCAACCUGUUCAUACCGCGACGUGUCAAAAAGAAUGACCCCUCGACAGCUACCAAGCUAGCCCAGCUUGCAAAGACCGCUCCGUUGAAGAAGAUUGACUUUGCCGCCACCAAGUUUAACACGGACAACAAUGGUCCGGGCGCUGCCGAUUCUGCUGACGGCAGCAAAAAGGAUAAGCCCGAGUUUUCGACUACAAAGUUCUACAACAGCAAGGAGCUGUACAGUGAGCUGCAUCACCAGGCGCUGGUGCCGAACCGAACGCAAACGGUUGCAAAGUCCAAAGCAACCGCGGCCAUCCUUUCGGAGAAGGAUAUUAUUACCGCGAAAACAAUGUCCAAACCAGCGCAGGCUAUUUUGGCAGCUUCCUCCAGAAAGUCGUCCAGAGCGCAGGCAGCUUCAACCACCGGUCCAGACGCGGCUGGAACGGCUAAGGGUGACUUCAAGCAACAUACCUUAAAGACCAACUUCGUACUUAACGAGGAAACGGUUCCGAUUGGAGCGAAGGUCAGCAAAUCCAGUACCACGAGUGUCACCGAGGAUGCACAGCAGCGAAAGAUAAAGUCUCUCGGUUCUGCUGCCUCGGCAAUCAUUGCUGCCACGGCAAAGCUAGCUAAACCAAACCGAGCUUCAACGACGACGACGACGACGACUACAACUACGACAGCGGCAGCUGCCGUUGCAACAACAUCCUCACGCUCGACGACUUCGUCAGUGACAUCGUCUCCAGCCUUGACAUCGGAAGCUGGCAGUAAUGAUGCCAACCGUGCCAGUGUGACGUCUGUGGUAUCCAGCAGAAUGGAUGAAACCACCGUACAGGCAUCGACGAGCGUGGCGACCAACGAGCGCUUGAUGUCGAAGCCAUCUGUGGCACUGUCCCGUUUGCACGAGAAAAUUAAUACGCUCGAUUGUGAAAUUCAAAGCGUCGCGCCCGAUUCGAGCGUCUGGCGCGGUAACGAAACGCACGAACUGCAGCUGCCGGCCAUGACCCCUGAAGAUUGUUCGGCCGGAUCGAGCUGCACUCCGACCACCAUUUCCUGGGAAGGAACGGCGGACAUUCAGUCGGGCGAUGUGCUCAUCGUAGAAAUUGACGAUCAUCAUUUGAUACCCUCGAACUACAACAGGUCGUCGGAAGGCGCCCAUCACACGACCACUGCCGUUUAUCAAGUUACCCGGCUCGGGCACGAGAACUGCGACAUUACCGAAGGCGUCCUGCUCGACAUUACACCGCUGGUGGCCGACGGCAAGAAGUUGGUCACCCUUUACGACAAGGAUCUGACGGAGGGAAUUAAUCUACUAAUUGUCGUCUCGGAGCAGUGGGGCCAACAGUGCGUUCGUCUGAAGGUGACCGUUAAGUCGGACAACUGUGGUGAAAAUGCUGACUGCUCCGGAAAGGGUGUAUGCUACUCGAACAAUUCCAUGGAGGGAUACGAAUGCCAGUGCUGCAGCGGAUUUGCCGGCACACACUGCGAGGAGAUUGAUGCCUGUAGCCCAUCGCCCUGCACGAACAACGGAAUUUGCGUCGAUUUAUCACAAGGACACGAAGGAAACGCUUAUCAGUGUCUCUGCCCCUACGGGUACACCGGCAAAAACUGUCAAUUCGAGUCCGACCCGUGCAACCCGUCGCAGUGCCUGAACGGUGGUACCUGUGUUGGAAAUUCGACACAUUUCAGGUGCGAUUGUACUUCCGGCUAUACUGGGCCCCUGUGUCAGCACAACCUGAACGAGUGCGAAUCGUCACCCUGUGUGCACGGUAUCUGCGUCGACCAGGAGGAUGGAUUCCGCUGCUUCUGUCAACCGGGAUUUUCCGGAGAGCUGUGCAACUUUGAGUACAACGAAUGCGAAUCGAACCCGUGCAUCAAUGGCGGCCAAUGCAUCGACAAUAUUGGCGGAUUCUCAUGCAAAUGCACCCGAGGCUACACUGGCAAACGAUGUCAUAUUAAGGUUGAUUUUUGCGCCAACGAUCCCUGCCCGGACGGCCAUCGAUGCAUCGACCAUGGCGAUGAUUUCACCUGCGAAUGUCCCGGAGGCCGCAACGGUCCGGAUUGCAAUCAAGUUCCACGAACGCUGUGCAACGUGAACCCUUGCGCCAAUGGUGGCACCUGCUGGACAACGGAAGAAUCGUUCUACUGUGCCUGUCGUCCAGGAUUUACCGGCAAAAUGUGUGAAGAAAACUUCGUCAUCGAUACAAUGGUAAGCUCGAGCGAGAUGCUGUCCGACACGCUGGCCAAUCAGAACGGGCUGCGUGCCAUUAGCGGCAGCACCAUGUACGGGGACGACGGCGUGGUGGCACACACCGGCAAACACAACAGUGCGAUCGAGCUACACAAUGCGUACAUUGCGGCCGGAACGCUGGCCACCGCCAUUUUGAUAGUGGCAAUCGUGGUAACCGCAUGUCACUGCAAGGUGCACCAGAGCUACCGACACUUUGCCACCAAGCACCGUCAGCUGAUUCCCAUUUUCGGACGUCGUGCGAAGCCUGCCAGCGCCAAUCGCCACUGGCUGAGCGGCAAAGGACACCAGCAGCAACCGCACCACCACCAGAGCCACACGAACCCGAACUACAAUUACGCACACCAGCUGCCCAACUCGUACGCCGGGCUCCAGCCGGAACGGAUAAUCAACAAACCAUUGCCGAUGAAUUUGGAGAACGAUAUGUACUACACGGUCGACUUUGGGGAGUCGCAGAAUGCGCCGCUGAUACAGUAAUGGCGAGGGACGGAACGAGUAGCAACGGCCGCAUCCCACCAGGGAGCUUCGGAGGUGUUGUAAGUUCGCGUGCUAAUGCGUAAGUAUGUGCGUUGAGGAGUUGUAGCGCUGGUGGUGGUGAAAAUUGGGCAGGGAAGCAGCUGCUUCCCGGCAGCAAUGAGAAAACGAUGGUGAGCAUUCGCUUUGAUCCUGGCCAUACAAUCUCGUUCGCACCCGACGACACCAUCCAACCGCCGGCCAGUUGUGACGUUGUGUAACUAGUGGAUAGCGGAUUGAGCGGUGAAGUAAUUGAUACCUUAUUUGUUCAGUUUCUUGUUCUGCAUUUUUCAAGUACAAUAUGAUAUGACAAUGUUUCCGUUUUGGAGUGUGCGAGCAGUACGGGCGCGCUAUUAACAAAGUACGGUGAGCGCCGCUCGAGCGUCGGUUGGAACAAACAACAUAAAAAAUUAAUUAAACCAAUGAUGAAACUCCCUCCAAAAGAUCCCCGCCCGCAUGUUAGGAAGCCUUUUCAGCGAGACACGCGCACAAGUAAUGGGAACUAGUGUUACGAUAGCUACGAACGUGUAAGUGUAAGUGCAACUAUUUCAUUGUUUUAAACUGAUGUGUGAUUGCACUGUACUGCUGGUGUUUAUCAACAGAUGAUUGCUGCUAAUUUGCUUUUAAAUACAAACAUUGCAAGCUCCUUUUACUACCGUGAAGUGAAGAUACAGUAACGAGGACCCAGGCCGAAAGCUGGGAAGAGUUUUACGCACACACUCGUAAUGCAUCGUGCGAAGGACCGUAUUACAAUACGGUUCGGAAAUUAAAGAUCCGUAUCGUAAAACCUUGAGUUGCUUGAGUAGGAAUAAAAACCGGCCGGCGGUGGUAAUAAGUACAGGAUUCGGAGAAUGAACGAGCGCCAGCUAUUCCGAUAACCAUCCGCACAUAAAUUGAUGCUGAAUAAGUCGAGGGAAUUUCCGAACGACGGGACCUCUCGAAAGUCACUUUGUCGAAUACAUGAUCAUGACGAAGCAGUUCGGACGAAAAAUAGAACAACUACAUUUCACAGCAACUCCCUCUCCAACCUCCCAAUCGAGGGGGUUCUCGUCCGACACCGACCCAAUAACUCUCGAGUGUCUCCAAAGGCCAUCCUUUCGGUCCGGUCCGAGUCGGUACUGGGUUUGUUGGAUAGUUCAUGCAAGAACCCCCUCUGACGCACCUUCUGCGAUGGAUCUUUCGGCCAAAACCUAAACUAAAUUUCACUGUCUUCGUCUUUUUUUUUGUACUAUCAUUGCACCAAACGGCAGAUGGUUAAAGAAGAUAGCAUCUUUUUGCGAUUCUUGCGAAGAUAAAGGUGAAGGCGAGUGACUGAAGUUCGCUGCUGGAUGCUGAAUGGUUCUUCGAAAUCAUCAAACAGAAAAUCAAAGAUUUCAUUGAAUAUAAGAGCGUAACGCAAGUCAACGAGAAGGUUUCGUUCACGGUCAACCUUAUCCAUAUUCUUUCCCCAUCCAGUGGACAAGGCACAAUCGCACGCAACGCAUCAUGUGAUGGUUGCAAAAUUCCUGGACAAAGCUGCAUUUUUAAAUUGCGAUUUAAGAUCGGUAACUGGACUGGUUAGCAGCAAUGUUUGUGUUUAAUCGUUACAGUAGAUGUUAUUGUUUCACGUUCUUUCGUUGAUGUGUGUCCGCACCCGUGAGAUGAGCGAUCCUAGGUAUAUGUGUGAGUGUGUGUGUGUGUGCGUGGUGGUGGAUAAAAUGUGCCAAUAUAUUUUGAAUCUCAUUGAACGAAAGUAGCCACAAUUUGAUGCAUAUAUUAGAGUAAGAAAGUUAAUUUAGAGCAAGAUAUGGCGGGAAGGGGAGAGUGCGUUGCACACACACACACACACAACACAGAGAAAGUUAGAAAAGAAGUUAGAGAAAAAGGCUAACAAAAACGGCUAAGCAAAAUUCACCGAUAUCUUUAAACAAAGAAACAAAACAAAACAUAACAAAAAUAAAUACGACUUUUUCUUAAGCUACCAAAAUCUUAGCUAAAUACCAGUUACUUGACAAUGAGUGAAAAAAAAAACACAAACACACGCAAACUAAUAACAUACAUCAAGAGAAUGAUAAAAUUACUUACCACUUUCAAACUUUAUUAACAAACCAAAAAACCAUACAACUGAACUCUUCCAAGCGGGGCAAAGCUGAAACCGUUAACCCUACAGUUAGUAAUAGACAAGACAAAAACAAAAAAGCGGCAAAGGGCAUGGUAACUACAUGCGAUGGAACACGCUGGGGGCUGGUUCAGAGUUAUAUUUAUACCAUAGAAAGCAUCUCAUAGUAGCAGUCUAGCGUAGAGACGAGUUGGUUUUGCCACUUCAGUUUUCCUAUGAUGCUAAUUCUUCUUUCCAAUUGGCUUUGGCCGUUAAUCAACUUCAACAGAACAUUGCAACAUAACUAUGAUGGCAGUGAAGUCCCGCCUUGAUAGCGAUUGUUUUACGUGCAUUGCAGAAGGAAAGAAAAGGGGAAAAAAGACCGAAAAUAAACAAUAUUAAUGAAUAGUCCAGUUGCAGCAAUGGUUCAGUUGCAGGAGUUUUGCUAAUUGCUACUCGUCGUAGCAUGCGCACACGAAGAAACCCACACUCACACACACACACAUACAAACUAUAUCCCACUUUGCCAGCCCUUUCGGUGCUUUCUUCUGCUAGUGAACACUAGAACACUAAACAAUUUAAAACCCCAUUUUUCCGCGAAUCUUGAACCAUGUCUUCAACAUAGCUUCCUUUAUAGAGCUUUUAACGUAGCAGGAACAGAGCGGUGGGAACGGCACGCCGGGACGACGACGUUUAACCCACGAUCGAGAUGCUAGUACAGUUUUUUCGAAGGGGGUGAGGGGAAAGGUACAGUAUUUUAAGUAUCGAUUGCGUUCCAUGACUACAAGAAUUAGAAGAUUUAAUCAAAUGUACAUCUUAUCGUAGAUAAUAGUCAAAAGUCAGAGCGCACACACUGCAGGACUCACCCACUCGGGCAUAGCAAACCCAACAUGAACAUGAAAGUUGCCAAAAGUAAUGUACUCGAAUAGGGAAAGGAAACGCGUACCACCACCAUAUGGGGCAAUAAUUUACAAAGCAAACAGCAGACAAGCCGUAAUCGUACCCCUGCGCGUUAUCCUGAACGCAAGCUUAAUAACGCAACAGAACGUAACGCUGGAUUUUAAAUCUUAACGCAUAGCAUCACGCAUCACGAAUUAGCACCAUUCGGCAAUAUUUAAUGUGGUCCGUGGUGUGUUACGCUUCAACCCGUAGUUGGGGUGCGUUUGUGUGCUGCUGACACAGUCUAGAGCGACCACGUGUAGGCAAGCAACACACACAGUAUGGCUUCAAGGUUGUUUUUUUUUUUGUUCAUCCCCAACAGCAAGGACCCUGCAGCAAACACAUGUCCACUUGAUGUAUGUGUGUUUCGGUUCUCGAGAAAUAAAAGCAUAAAAUCCCUCCAUGAAUGAUAAACUGCAGUCGGACGCGGAUUGGAGCCAAUUUUUCGUUCUCACUUCGUCAGCCUUUCCAUGCUGAAGCGUACUGCGAGAAAGUUGGUAAUGGAUGCAGGACGAGUAAAGAUGGACAAAGCACGUACCGAUUCGCCGCUGACCGCUGUCAAUUGAAAUUAAAAAAAAAGUGGGCUGAUGCUAUGUGUUUCGUACUUGCUGGAAGUAUUUGUUUCAAGUUAGGCAGGAUAAGAAUAUUCCUUACGUUACUUAAUUCCCUUUCUUUCAUUAAUGUUAAAUUACAUUCUGUCAAUGCGGUACAGAUUGCUGGUCCGGUAUUGGUGCGAGAGUGUACGUGUACUUUACCUGUUAGGUUUCCUCAUUUUCUUAGAAUGGAAGGUAAAGGCAUCCGUCUUGUUGGCGCUGGUAGCAGAACAGUCCAUUUACUUUGCUUCCAAUUGCCAAUUAAUUCUUCCACAUUACAAUUGUGCUCCAUGCCCAGCUUGCGCGCUCUCUAUUCUCCUAAGGCAAUCGAACAAACUGUUAGAGCGAUAAGCAAACGUGUAAGACAAAAAAGCGUGCAAACUUCCAAAUCAAAGAUGAAGCAGAAACCAUACAAUGGAGGAUGGUUUUUAAGCUAGGCUAAUAAAAUAUUCAAUGUGUGGUACACUGGUGGGCACCAGGGGCAGUCACCGAACGAGGGCGUCUAGCACAGAAUUGAGAUAGACCACGAGACCAGACGGAGAUAGCCAAACAGCCCACGCCCCGUGAAUGCUUCUUGUUCGUUACCAUCCAAAAACUCGUCCCCAUUUUUGCCAAAUCUGCAACACUGUGACCAUAAUGCUGUUUGUAAUGAUGUUUUAGGUUCCGUUCCGUGUGCAAAAGCCACUGCAUCCAGUAACUGUUUAAGUGAGGUGAGGUAGUUCGCCAGUAUCGCCAGCCUGCAUGCAUGCUAAUACAUACAGGAGCGCAUCAAGGGUGAGCGCCGCCACGGUAGACGGUAGCAGCAUACUGUAGAGAGUACUGUAAUGACAAGUAUUUUAUUCGUACAUAACAAAAAACCAAAACCGAAAAGGAAAAUCCAACUACCGACAGGCGACAGGGGUGGUGGUGGUGGUGGUGGUGGACGAUGAUGCUCCACGCAACCUUUACCUUCUAAACUGCAUGAGUAAUACACAAGACAGUGACAAAAUAAACAAGAAAAUUGUUAUAAAAUUUA